AUGUUGAGUCGCAAGCAGCUGGUGCAGGCAGCACAGCUAGCAGAACAAUGUGGCAGAUACACAGAUAUGGCUGCUGCCAUGAAGCAGCUUGUGAUGGAAGGGAAGGAUCCAUUAACCCAUGAGGAAAGGACCUUGCUUUCUGAGGCCUAUACAUUCCUAAUACGAGAACGCUGCUCCUCUUGGCGUCAGCUAAGGUACCCUGUGGAGCAGGGUGUUGGAAAGCAGAAAGAGCAAGCUGAAGCCUAUCGUGAGACCAUCAGGAAGGAGCUGGAAGCUCAGUGCUGGGAGAGUCUUAGCCUGUUAGAUAAUGUCCUAUUGAAACAUUGCAGUGAGACAGAUUAUGAAAGCCGAGCCUUUUACCUGAAAAUGAAAGGAGACAACUAUCGCUACUUAGCUGAGGUAGCCUCGCCUGAUGCCAAAGAGACUUUAGUGAAGUCUGCAGAGACAGCCUACGGGGAGGCUCAGGAAAUCACUCAAUGGUGCAUGGAACCUACUCAUCCCUUGGCCUUGGCCCUGGCCCUGAAUUACUCUACCUUUUAUUAUGAGGUUGUCAACAACCCUCAACAGGCAACUAGACUCGCACGGUCGGCCUUCGAUAUGGCCAUCGCUGGCUUGGAGACCCUCAGUCUAGAGUACUACAAGGAAUCCACCGUUAUCAUGCAGCACCUAAGGGACAACAUUCUGCAGUGGACCGGUGACCUACAACCACAGCAGGAGGACAGUGAUGAGGAAGAGUUUGAAGGCUAA